AUGCGGCAGUGGUCCGCCGGCAAGGACGAGGGCUCGAAGCUCGCCGCAGCGCAGCGCAUCGCGGAGGCUGUCCGCUUCCUCCAUUCAAACGGCCUGAUUCACCGCGACCUCAAGCCGGAGAACAUCGUCUUCGACAGCGCUGCGGCCGACGCGGCGCCUGCGCUGUGCGACUUUGACUUGAGCCGAAGCGCGAACCUCUCGUCUCACACGACGACGCGCAUUGGCACACCGUUGUACGUGCCGCCCUUUGCCCCAGAGCAGCUGCGCCCGACGUUCAAGUCGGACAUCUUCUCGCUCGGGGUGACGCUCUUCGACGCGCUGCUGUGCGGAGCCGGUGGCCUCCCCAAGACGGGCACCGGCGAGCUCGACCUCGAGCGAAUGCGCGGCGGCUCAUCCGGCCCGUGCGAGCUCACCCUGGCGUACCCCGGAGGAGGAGAGGACCUAGCGGCGCUCCUACGGCAGAUGCUCUCGCCGGAGCAGCAAGACCGGCCGACAGCGGCGGAGGUGGCAGACCGGCUGAGUGCGCAGCUCAACCAGCGGACCUGUCUCUUGUGCCACUGCCCCUACCCUCGCGAUGAGGGCCUCGUGUGCCCUGUCGCCGGCGCCGCGCACUUUACCUGCGACGGCUGCAUGGCGGCGCACGUGGCGCAGGCCGACUCGCUUGGCGGGGACGCGUUCGACCGGAUCGUUUGCUGCGACAAGCGAUACACCGGCUGCACCGGCAGCUUCUCUUGGCAGGAGGUGAUGGGGCACGUGGACGCGCUCUCUGCCGAGACGCUCCGCAAGCACCUCAGAGACGCGGUGGCGGUCCAGCAGCGCGAGGCGAUCGAGGCCGAGUUCAAGCAGCGCGAGGCGGAGAGGGAGGCGCGGUCAGAGGUGGAGAGGAAGGCGCUCAAGGCGAGGCGCCAUAUCGAGGAGGACAUCAUGGCGCUCAAGUGUCCUCGGCGGGCUAUAGAGGGCACCUUGGAUACCGGGUACAGUAUGGACGCGCAUCAGCACGUGCCAGUCUGCAGCCUCAACCCGAGUCGCUCUCACUACAUCGACGUUGCGGACUGGAAGCGCAUCGUAGAUGGCGAGCGGGGCCGCAAGCUGGAGGAGUACUGGCGCGGCUUGGCCGUCGAGGUGCAGGAGAAGCUCGCGAUAGAUGGCUGCGUGCGGCAGAUCUUGCGAGAGCUUCGCCUCGGGCGCCUCGGUGCCACGAGCCGCUUCGCAGCAGGCCUCGUGCAGCUGCGCGGUAUGGGCUUCUCGGACGAGCGAAAGAUGCGCACGAUGCUCGACACGUACGAAGGGAACGUUGAAAGGGCUGCCGAAGCAUUGGCUUCCGCAUGA